GGUGGUUGAUGGGUGGUGUUGCUGUAACAAAAAAAAGCUGCAUUUUUCUUUUAGUGUUAGUGCUAAUGUACGAAUGAAGGCUGCAACCAGGGGCGGACUGACAACUCAUGGGGCCCCCGGGCAAUAGUGGAUCAUGGGGCCACUGUGUCCUUGCCCACACUCAAAGAACACCCAAAAAAGCCUAUAAAAAAGGUACCAGGGGCAUUUCAUGGGGCCCCCUACUGACCCCGGGCCCUUGGGCAGUGCCCGAGUACUCGAUU